AUGGCCAUCGACAAUGGAAUGGAGUUUAAUGUCAUACUCGUGCUCAUUACUCAUUUGGAGUUUUUUCAUCAACUGACUAACAUGUUUGUCAGUAUAUGUGCUGUUUUGUUACGCAUUGCUGAAAACCGGAGAAAUAGACGCAGGAGAGUGUCAGUAGACCAUCGUGGGAGGGCUAGAGUAAGGGAAGUCAAUUUCCUUAGGAUUGUUCACAUUAGUGACACGACGUGUAUAGAGAAUACAAGGAUGGACAGGAGGUGUUUUCAUAGCUUGUGUGGGUUGCUUAAAACUGUUGGUAAACUUCAACCGACGAGCCAUAUGGGUGUAGAGGAGAUGGUUGCAAUAUUUCUUCACAUAUUGGCACAUGAUGUGAAGAACAGGAUAAUUAAAAGACAAUUCAUGAGAUCGGGUGAAACCAUUAGUAGACAGUUCUCUAAUGUUUUGCUUGCAGUGUUACGUUGUCAUGAUGUUCUUCUAAAACGACCAGAGCCAAUCAUGGAAAACUCGACCGAUGAUAAGUGGAAAUGGUUCAAGAAUUGUUUGGGAGCACUUGAUGGGACACACAUAAAGAUUAACCCCUUACAGGGGGACAAGGCCAGAUACCGGACUCGAAAGGGUGACAUAGCAACUAAUGUUUUAGGGGUUUGUUCUCAAGAUGGUCAGUUUAUUUUCGUCUUGCCUGGUUGGGAGGGAUCAGCUGCAGAUUCUAGGGUUCUAAGAGAUGUCAUAAGUCGUCCAGACGGUAUGAAGGUUCCUAAAGGAUACUAUUACCUAGGUGAUGCUGGUUACAUGAAUGGGGAAGGUUUCCUUACGCCAUAUAGAGGACAACGAUAUCAUCUUAGUGAAUGGAGGCACGGUGCCCAACCAAGGACAGCCCAAGAAUUUUUUAAUAUGAAACAUUCCUCUGCAAGAAAUGUCAUUGAACGUUGCUUCGGGAUGCUUAAGGGGCGGUGGGCUAUUGUCCGAUCGAAGUCCUUUUAUCCCGUUAAAACUCAAUGCAGGAUUAUUAGUGCAUGUUGUUUGCUUCAUAACCACAUUCGGAGAGAGAUGGCAGUGGAUCCAUUGGACGAUGAAGAAGUUGAUAUGUAA